CGAACCAAGCUCUGCUGGAGCUCCAGAUUGGACCGAAUUGCUUCGCCUUUCAAACAUAAUUGCACACCCCAUUGGACCAAGACAACCUACAGCCUUGACAUAACAACUGUGUAUCGCUAUUCUACACUAUUGGAACAUUACUUUCAGAGCCUGUGCGACGGCUCCAGUCAAACACACCUCGUACGACGUCAUGCCUCCCAAAAAGAAGGCGCGUAGCAGCGUCUCGGCCGUCGCAACGCCAACGCCAGCUCGCGAUGAAGAUGCUAUGGAUGUCGACACACCGGCUGCCGAUACCCCUAUCGCGACCGUGCCUGCAGUCAAGCCAUCCUCGGAUGAAUGGCCGAACAAUAUGUGGACAGACGAUCAAAUCUCAUCGCUCUUCAAAGGAGUCAUUCGGUGGAAGCCCGCGGGUAUGCACAAGCACUUCCGAAUGAUCGCUAUCAGCGAACACCUCAGAAACCAUGGCAUCGACCCUGACUUCUACAAUCACACGCGCAUCCCUCACAUCUGGACGAGGCUGCGAACCUUCUACGACCUUAAGACGAUCGACCAGCGUGAGGACUUUUACGACGCGCAAGAGGACGAGAACUACGACGAUCGCUUCAAGGAGUUUGCGCUACCCUACGACGAGUUCGACGACCUGAUGAUGGAGCGUCGUCUGGCCAAUGGCAGCGAGCCCCCGACCUCGCCCCCCGAGCUCGACCUCACGCCACCACCACCGUCUCCUGGAGGUAGCAACACUGGCAGCAACAGCAGGCGGAGGAAGCGCGCCUCUACUGUCACAAAGAUCCGCGCCAGCACUAUUGAGGACACGGAGGACGGUGAUACCGAGACUGCAUCGCCGCCGCCCAAGUCGGCCAGGGUGGCCAGGAGCCAGAAACGGGCUCUCGGCAAGGCCAAAGCCGAGAAGGCUGAAAAGGUUGAGAAACCGGAAAGGUCUGACAAGGCUGGAAAGCCGAGUAAGACAGAGAAAUCCAGCAAGGGUGGAAAGAAUGGGAAGGGUGGAAAGGCUGAGUCGACCAACUCCGAAGACGAGGACGAUGAAGACGAGGAUGAGGAAGGAGAUGACGAUGACGAUGGAAAAGAGAGAGAUGAAGAAGAAGAAGAAGAGGAAGAGGGAAAUGAAGAGGGGGGCAGCAGCUCUGGCAAUUCUGAGGAGGAAGACGGGGAGGAAGACGACGACGACGAAGACGAGGACGAUGAUGACGAUGACGAAGAAGAGGAGAGCGCCGAGGACAGCGGGACUCCGGUAUCGCGGCCAACCAGAGGGAACGCUCGUGGUCGUGCAAGAGGCAGAGGCCGGGGUAGAGGAAGGGCACGAGGUCGUUAGGUAACCUUCGCACCCGAGGAUCAAUGGACUGUCAUUCGGGGAGGUCGUAGGCUGGAAUGAUACCCGUCGCAAGGCGCGACACCUACCUAUAGAUACGGCCCGGGAAGGUCCACGCCGCAACCGCACAAAUAUCAAAAACUUAUCACUCUGCCGACAUAGAAUAGAACCCAAAGGCUCUCGCGAAAAGAAGAAGGCAUACAGAUUGAUCCAAGUC